AUGCAAGAACACAUCUCAUGUAUGAUGAAUAUCUGCAUGACAGAACAUGUCUUACCUCUGGUCACGUAUAUGUCUCAGAAAGACAUGGAGAAGAGGUUCUCCAUGGUUUUUGUCUCUUUGCUCUUGAACUUUCCACACCUAUUUGGCAGUUUCACUGGAAGCAGGUGCUUUUGGAGAACAAAUCCCCAAAAGCACAUUUUUGAAGGUUUGCAGGAUGACUGCAUUUUUGAUAUUUAUUUACAGAAAGAGCACAUACCAAAAGGAUUUUUCAUGUACCUUCUUAAUGAAAAGACAGGUUACAACUGUGAUGAUAAUUUGGGGCCCAAUUUACUAUUUGUUCAUAUAUUUAAGUUCUCCCAGAAAAAUGAAAAUUCCAAAGGAUUGCCAAUCAGAAGGUUCCAGCAUGUGCUGGCAUUGAUUUUUGCCUUGGAAGAUAUUAACCAUAACUCCCAGCUACUACACAAUGUGUCAUUGCAAUUGCAUUCCAUUUCUAAGAUUUGUCAGAGUUUUUCUGUAUUUGGUAUUGAAGAUGAAAUUCCAAAUCUCACGAAGGAUGCUCCAAACUAUAUGUGUGAGCAGAAAGCAUGUCAGAUAGCACUUACAGGACCCUCGUGGGCAGGAUCUGCCAGACUAGCACCACUCAUGCAGCUCUAUGUAAGGCCACAGAUUGCCUAUGGACCAUUUCAUCCUACACUAAGUGACAAGGAGAAAUUUCCUUAUCUUUAUCAGGUGGCUCCCAAGGAUACAAACCUGCCCCUUGCCAUGGUCUCCUUGAUGCUUCGUUUCAGCUGGACAUGGGUGGAGCUGUUCAUUUCAGAUGAUGACCAAGGCUUUCAAUUUCUCUCUAACUUGAGAGUAGAAAUGCAAAGAUAUGGCAUGUGUUUAGCAUAUGUGAAUAUGAUCCCUGUAAACACAGAUAUAGCAUUGACAUUUUUUAUUAAUAUGCAUUAUCCAAUCUUCACAUCAUCGGCAAAUGCUGUUGUCAUUUAUGGUAACAUUAACCCUAUUAUGGAAAUGAGCUUUAGAAAAUGGGAAUGUUUAGGCACAUGGAGAAUCUGGGUCACCACCUCACAGUGGGAUCUCCUCCCAUGUGAAGGAAACUUCAUCCCUUACUCAUUCCGUUGGUCUUUCACUUUCGUACACCACCAUGGUGAGAUUUCUAGUUUAAAACCUUUUAUCCAGACAAUGAACUUUUCCAAAUAUACAGAAAACAUUAAUUCUGUAAGAUCAAGCUGGAUGGGAUUUAAUUGUUCUCUCUACAAUUCAUACUAUGAAACACUGAACAACUAUUCUUACAAUCCUUCACUGGAGUGGUUUUCAAGGCACAGCUCUGAAAUGGCCAUGGAUGAAGAGUUUUACAACAUCUACAAUGCUGUGUAUGCUGUGGCCAAUGCCCUCCAUGAAAUGAUUCUUCAACAAGUAGAUUCUCAGAGGACAGGAAAUGAGUUUAUGAAAUAUGGUUCAUGCACUCAGGUACAUGCUUUUCUGAAGAAUGUUCUCUUUAUUAACCCUAUUGGAGAUGUAGUGAAGAUGAACCAGAAAGGACAAGUAAGUGAUGAGUAUGAUGUUCUCAACAUUUGGAAUUUCCCCCAUGGUAUUGAUCUGAAGGUGAAAAUAGGACAGUUUUCCCCACAUUUUCCACAUGGUCAGCAGUUGUAUUUACCUGAAGACACGGCAGUGUGGGACACAGGAAGUAGACAGAUCCUGCCUUCAGUGUGCAGUGUGCCGUGCCAUCCUGGGUUCAAGAAAUACCAUCAAGAGGGACAAGCAGCCUGCUGCUUCUAUUGCUAUCGGUGCCCAAAAAAUGAGAUUUCCAAUGAGACAGACAUGGAGCAGUGUGUGAAGUGUCCAGAUGAUCAAUAUGCCAAUGUACAACAAACUCACUGCCUGCAGAAAUCUGUGAACUACUUGUCUUAUGAAGACCCCUUGGGGAUGACUCUUGCCUGCCUGUCACUAGGCUUCUCUGUACUCACAGUUCUUGUUCUUGGGGUGUUUUGGAAGCACCAAGACACUCCCAUCGUGAAAGCCAAUAACCGCACCCUCAGCUACAUCCUGCUCAUCUCCCUCGAAUGCUGUUUUCUCUGCUCCUUGCUCUUCAUUGGACGUCCCAACACUGUUACCUGCAUCCUGCAGCAGAUCACAUUUGGAGUUCUCUUCACUGUGGCUGUCUCCACUGUCUUGGCCAAAACAGUUACUGUGGUCCUGGCCUUCAAGGUCACCACUCCAGGAAGAAGGAUGAGGGUGCUGUUGGUAUCAGGGGCACCUAACUUCAUCAUUCCCACCUGCACCCUGGUCCAAAUUACUCUCUGUGCAGUGUGGCUAGCAACGUUUCCUCCCUUUGUUGACAGAGAUGCACACUCUGAGUAUGAACACAUCAUCAUGGUCUGCAACAAGGGCUCAGUCACUGCCUUCUACUGCAUCCUGGGAUACCUGGGAUCUGUAGCCAUAGUGAGCUUCACUGUUGCUUUCUUGGCUAGGAACCUGCCUGACACCUUCAAUGAAGCCAAGUUCCUGACCUUCAGCAUGCUAGUGUUCUGCAGUGUGUGGGUCACCUUCCUCCCUGUCUACCAAAGCAGCCAAGGGAAAUUCAUGGUGGCUGUGGAAGUCUUUUCAAUCCUGGCCUCCAGUGCUGGGUUAUUGGGUUGCAUCUUUGUCCCCAAGUGCUACAUUAUUUUGCUACAACGAGAUAGAAUUUCUCUUCCCAAGGUCACAUAUAAAAUCAAUUCUUGA